UUGAAUUCUUUUCACUAUCCCUUGUAGAGUAAUGGUGAUGUUAACAUCUGGCCACCUCUUACAGCUGCUUGGGCUCUGUUGCACUUUGGUGCAAGCCAGUAACUCGCUUAAGAUACUCGGUCUAUUUCCUCACCCUGGCUAUAGUCAUUUUCGUUUCUUCCAUCCCAUAAUGCGUGGCCUGGCUGAAAAAGGACAUGAUGUCACGGUGAUAAGUCAUUUUCCGGAUGAAAACCCGCCGCAACAGUACAGGGAUUUGCCGCUGACAGGUCAAAAAAUUUUGACGAAUUCUAUAGAAUUGAAGGCCUUUGAAGACCAACCUUUCUACAACUUCUAUUUGGAACUCCUUAUGAUCCACGAGUGGGGGAAGGAUGCCUGCAAUCAAACAUUACAUUCGGGUGCUUUGGCACAGGUGUUACGACAGAGGCAACAUUUCGAUGUGAUCAUCAUGGAGCAAUUCAACAGCGAUUGCAUGGUGGCGGUGGCACAUCAACUCAAGGCGCCAUUCAUAGCGUUGAGUAGCUGCGCAAUGUUGCCUUGGCACUACGAUCGCAUGGGCGUACCAAUUAUGCCAACGUCUAUACCCGACAGCUUCAUGGGACAAUCGGGCUUUGGAACUCGCCUUCUCAACUGGCUCCUCUUCCAUAGCGAGCGUUUACUUUAUGGCUUUAUCACCACCUCAGAUACGGAUGCCAUUAUACGCCGAAAAUUUGGUCAUGACCUACCCUCCGUUGCUGAAUUGGCUAAGCAAACUGCAGCGUACUUUGUGAAUCAACACUUUUCAAUGAGCGGCGUUAUGCCACUGCCACCAUCUGUCGUGGAGCUUAGCGGCGUACACAUACAAAAGGCCAAGCCCCUGGAUGCUGAGCUGCAAAAGUUUAUCGACAAUGCCGAGCAU